AUGACCAGCCCCGAUGACGCAAGGGACAAAUUCUACGAGAACCUGCACGUCCUCUUGGCGACUGUGCCGAAGACGGACACGUUGAUUGUCCUUGGUGACUUCAAAGUCCGCGUCGGCACAGACCAUGCUGCCUGGAGAGGAGUGCUGGAUCCCCACGGUCUCCGCGGCUCAAACGACAAUGGCUUGCUGCUCCUCCGCACCUGCGCAGAACACCGCCUCAUCAUGACGAACACGUUCUUCUGUCUGCCGGAGCUAGAGAAGGCCACCUGGCGGCAUCCUCGGUCGCGUCAGUGGCACCUGCUGGACUACGUCCUCGUCCGGAGGCGAGAUCAGCGGGACGUGCUGGUGACGAAGGCGAUCGCGGGAGCUGAUGGGUGGACCGACCAUCGCCUCGUCACCUCGAAGAUGCGUAUUCGCCUACAGCCUCGCAAGAGACCACAAGGUAAGCGACCCACAGGUAAGCUGAAUAUUGCCUUGUUGUCUUUGCCCGCUCACCAUCUCCAUUUCAGCAAUGAGCUAGCUCAGCGGCUAGACAGCCUUCCUAUCGCUGCCGCCGCCGACGCCGCCGCUGCCGAGAACGCCUCCGUGGAGAACCGCUGGUGUCAAAUGCGAGACACGGUCCAGUCGACGGCGCUAGCCGUCCUCGGUCGCGCACGCCGCCAACACCAGGACUGGUUUGACGACAACGACGCCGCCAUCAGAAAUCUGCUCGCCGAGAAGAACCGCCUAAACAAAGCCUACGCAGACCACCCCACUGACGACAACAAAACUGCUUUCUACCGCAGUCGCCGCCACCUUCAGCAACGACUGCGCCAGAUGCAGGACGCCUGGACUGCUCGCAAAGCUGAGGAGAUCCAAGGGUACGCGGACCGCAACGAAUGGAAGAACUUCUUCUCUGCGAUCAAAGCUGUCUACGGUCCGCCGACGAAGGGCACUGCUCCUCUCCUCAGCGCCGACGGCAACACUCUCCUGACUGAGAAGACGCAAAUCCUGCAGCGAUGGGCCGAGCAUUUUCGAGGCGUCCUCAACCGCCCUUCCGCCAUCUCCGACGCCGCCAUCGCCCGUUUCCCGCAAGCGGAGACCAACAUGGGCCUCGACCUCCCGCCAUCUCUCCAGGAAACCAUCAGGGCCGUGCAGCAGCUCUCCAGCGGGAAAGCACCCAGAUCGGACGCCAUCCCUGCUGAGGUCUACAAGCAUGGAGGUCCCCAACUAAUGCAUCACCUCACUGCGCUCUUCCAAGAGACGUGGCGUCAAGGUGAAGCCCCGCAUGAUUUCAAAGACGCAACCAUAGUGCAUCUCUAA